AUGCUUUUACGAAGUUUUCUUGCGAUUGGGAGCCUACUGUCGCUAGAAGCUUCGGCUUCGGUGACCAUUCGCAAGACGGGCCGUGGUCCCACUGGCUACGAGGUCGACUUUCGCUAUGUCAACGCAACUGCGCAGCGGGUGCUAAUAGGAGGCGGAAUUCAACCUUUCACCGACCAGUUCCACACAACAGGCACGUCGUACCGCUUCAACGGCCGCUAUGAUCCCCACGACUACCAGCCGGGCGACUUUUAUGUCAGCAAUCCUUCACCUCAGCUCCCAGCAGAACCGCUAUACAGGUGGCCAUAUGAGAUGAAGUCUUCGGAUGAUGGUAUAUGGACAUACACAACACCCCUCCCAAGCGGCAUCUACAGCUUUGCGUAUCUCGUCAACUGCAACUACGCACCCAACUGCAGCAUCGACACAGGCCAUCUCGUCAUCGACCCAGACCUCCCGCCAUUUCAAAACGUCCAAGGCGAUCAAGUAGCCUCCAGCUUCCAGGUCCCCUUCGAUGCCAAAUUUCAGGCCUCACCAGAACUCAACACCAACUUUGACUACGCUCUCGACGCGCCAGAAGGUCACCGUGGUGUAGUCAAAACAGCAAACUACACCUCCCCCGGAUCGAUCCAUCCGGCCCCUGACGUCCACGACUUUUCCAUCUACCUCCCAGCCGAAUAUGGAACCAUCCCCGAGAAGAGAUACCCCCUCCUCUAUCUCUCCCAUGGUGCAGGCGGCAACGGCGCCGACUGGGAAAACCUUGGACGAAUGAGCCAUGUGAUGGAUAACCUCAUCCGCCUGAAGCACAUCCCCCCAACCGUGGUGGUCACCCCCUCCUUCUACAACCUCGACGCUUCAGGAGGCAAGUUCAUCUACGGCAACAGAUCCCACAGUGUCCCCAUCCCUCCCGCACCUUAUGUUCGCGAAAACUUUGAGAAAUACCUCUUCCCCUGGGUCGAACAAAACUACAAAGUCUGCCAAAACGCCAGCUGUCGCGCCUUUGCGGGGUUGUCCAUGGGGGGUGUUCUCACGUACGAGAUGUUUGUCAAUGCCACCGACAUGUUUGACUACUUUGGGAUGUUUUCCCCUGCUACCAACACGCCGUAUAUCGAUGCGUCUUCUGCGGCACAAAACCCGGGGUUGUUGAAGAAGGGGAUCAUGGUUGCUUAUGGACUCUACGAUUUUGUGUUCCCUCAGGCGAGGGAGCUGCAGACUGCGUUGGAUGCGCUGGGGAUACGGUAUAUCAAUCGGGUUACGCCGUUUGGGAGUCAUUAUUGGAAUACGUGGCAGGAUGAGCUGUGGUGGUUUGGGGUCAAGGUGCUGUGGAAGCCUUUGCCUUUUGGGGUGGGGACUGGGAGAAAACCGUGCACGUAUAUGGAGCCUCACACCUCGUCGGCCCGGUAUACCCCUGCCCACCACACUGUCCCCACCUCGGCACCGUCGCCCCAUUCCCUCCCGUCGGCUGCGGCGUCGUCUGAGCAGUCGACGUCGGCCCAGGAGCAGGGUUGGGAUUAGGCGACCCGACCGGGUUCGUCAACGUCAACAGACCAGGCCUGUACGGCAACAGGUUAUACUCGUUGCUGCUCCCCGACCUCCCCUGGUACAACAACUGCAAGUUGCACGGGUCAACCUCGAACCUCUCAUCGUUGCUCGACCGGACCAAGUCACCAUGGCUAAUAUCGUUCGACCACGUCGUGCCGCUGUUGGCCUUGCCAGCAAAGGAGUUGCUCUCGCUCGCGGCGUUGGGUGUCCACGAACCGCCGAGGUUAGUGGUGGUGUAGGAACGGAAGUAGCGGCCCUGGGCACCGAUCGACUCGAUAAUCAUGAGGUAGGUCGUGGGGGAGGAGUCCUUGAGGGUGUACACCUGAACAGCCUCGAAGAAGUCGUUCUUGGCGCCGUCGAAGAUGAUGGUGGUGGAGGUGCCAAAGUUGCCGGGGAAGUUGUUGAGGGGCAUGACGGAGCGGUAGAUGCGGCCGUUGUCGCCGGCGAAGAAGAGGUACAUGUUCUUGUCGUCGGCGAUGAGGGUCUGAUCGAUCGGGCCGGUGUCCGAGUUGGCGAUGGUGCCCGAGAACAAGGGCUGGGCGGAGGACCAGCCGUUGGGGUUGGUCGGGUCGGUGGAGGUGCGGUAGGAGAAGGCUGUCGGACCCCAUUGGUAGGCGAGGACCCAGAUGUUCUUGGGGCGGAAGUAGAACAGCGUCGGGGCGACGGCGGCGUUGUUCAUUUGGUUCUGGCUGGCGCGGCCCAUGUCGGACCAGUUGGUGAAGAGACCGAAGUUCAUGGAGCCAUAGUUGCGGCCGUCGUGGUAUGUGCCAUAGACGAGGUUUUGGCCGUUGUAGGGGACGUGGGUGAAGUCCUUGAGGGAGACCCAGCCCGACUUUGGCUGUGCGAGAAUGCCAGAGUCUCUCCACCUGUACGAGGUUGGCAAGCUGCAGGCAGCAUCAGCUCCAGGGAUUACGAAUCCGAGGAGAGACAGGGCUGCCAGUGCCGUUGGGCUGAGAACGCUGGAGUUGAUUCUCAUCUUAGCGACUUGAUGAUCAGACAAGAGACUGGAUGCCUGGCAGGUGAACCUGAGGAGCGUCCCAUGAAGGUGACCUGGCUUAUAUACUUGAAAUAAGCCAUUGUCAACCUGGGAUCGGCCCUGAGCUACAGCUGUUACGGCCUCAAGCCACAUCAGGCAUAUUUCUCCGUCAACAAAGGGCAAAGAAGAACUCGACUGUGGAUACAACUGCCGAAUCCUCUCUCUCGCCAUUAUGAUUUCCCCUGUCUCAGGACUUGCCCAAGUACGCUCUAGCGCCCGAGAUGAGAUGGAGAUCACUUGUCAACAGAAACCUC